ACUCGAAACCUCUCUUCGGUCCACUCGGGGUCCGGAGGUGCAGUGGGUCCGCUGAAGUCAUCCUCAGACACGGGCAGAGGGGAAUCAGCGCUGCGCUCGCUGUUGGAGCCCGGGUCAGACUGCUGAUGUCUGAACAUGGAGAUGUGGAUGCAGAAGCCAGCUCAUCUGCCUCUUUCAGACCAUCAUUUGCUUUGGGUCGAGGACUGCCAGGCCGAGUAUCAGUGAAUCCACCUCCACCAGGCAGACUGACCUCUCUGCGCUCCAGAGAUCUGACUCUGGGUGGCUAUAGAAAGAAAACCUUUGUACCGAAUGUUCACUCUAUUCGCAAAACUAAAGAUGGGUUACAGGAGGAGUGUCACACUGCACCAAAGAAAAAGAGAAGAGAGAAGGAAGACAGACAAAGAGAGAGACGGUGGCGAGAAAAGCCUCUGACAAUUCAGUCUCACUCCAUCUUUGAGCAGGGUCCAGCAGACACCUACAGGAAGCCAGGUAACUGGAGCAGCUCUACCCUGAGUGACUGUGAUCCUGCACUUGUCACAAAAUGCCUUAAAAAGGAAAAGAAAAAUACUGAGGAUGAUGACGAUGAAAUCUUGCAAAAACUCAAACGAGAUGAUUUUUUGGAUGAUCCUGGAUUAAAAAAUGAUCCCAAGCAAAGACCAAUCAGACUUCCAUUCUAUCAGUCAUGCAGCUUUUUGUCAAUGGAUGCAGCUAGUUCAUUUAAAGAAGAGACAGCAUCUAAUAACGCACUGAAAUCAGCCAGAGCUGAGCAGACAUACUCUGUGCCAGUGAGGGGCACGCUUGCAUGCCCGCAGCAGCCAACGGUUGGAGAGCUGUUUCAUCAGCUGAGUGUUUCAGAUAAGGAAGAACUACUGUUUAUUCAACUUCCUGAUACCAUACCCGGUCAACCUAAAACCUCGAGCCUAGAGAAAACCAGAAAGGAUGGCAAGACCGAAGACAAGCGCUCAUCGCAAAUUAAAGCUCUUGAUCAGCCUGAUAAAGCCGCUGUACCUAUGCUGUCUGACUUCUCAGAGGGCCUGAUUGGAAAACUGCAAAUUAGAAAGUCUGGUAAAGUCCAACUGGUCAUGGGAAACGUUACAUUAGAUGUCUCAGAGGGAGCGGCCUUCUCUUUCCUACAGCAACUUGUGUGUGUGCGUCUGUCAGAGGGCCUGACCGGGGACAUGACUGUGCUGGGAAACAUCACACACAAACUGGUGUGUUCACCUGAUUUUGAGACUUUACUGCUAGAAGCCAAACUGCCGUCUGAUCCCAGCUCAGCUUCCAAGUCCUGAUUUUAUCCCUUAAGAAUAUUACAAAUUAUAAUGUAAAUAUCUGUUAAAUGUAACAUUUUUAAAUGUGAAGUUUCAUGUCCAGAGUUGACACUUGCAUUAUAAGAUAAUUUCCAAUGUUUAUCUGAGGCCACUUUAUCUGUAUUUAAAGGGAUAGUUCACCUAAACUGAAAAUGGACAUUUAUUCACCCUUUAUGCUAUAAAAGAGCAAUUUUGAAAAAUAUUUAAGGUGCUUUCCCCCCAUAUAAUGUAUUUAAAUGUACAUUUGCACAUUUAGUGAUUGAGGCGUCGAAUGGAAAUUACCUGAAUUUGUUUUACACAGAAUAAAGUCAGUUAUAUAUUUUUAAUUAGGGGAACUAUAACUUUAAUCUUAGCACUUUUUUGAAAUUCUUAAUGAAGUUGUGUAGCAUUCUUUUGUAAAUGCCUCCUGUUGCUUUUAUAAAAAUUUUUUGUUUAUUUUGUAAGUAAAGACAUUAUACAAAA